CCGCAGACGCAAGCGGGGCGGUGGCCCCGGUUAAAGGGGAAACUUGUCCGCGCCGCCGCCCGCUCCGCUCCGCGCCCGCCGCCCUCAGCGCCCUCAGCUCCGCCGCGACUUCUGCCCUCCACCACCGCCACGAUGCUGCUGUUGCUGCUGGGGAUCAUCAUCCUCCACGUCACGGUGCUGGUGCUCCUCUUCGUCUCCACCAUCGUUAGCCAAUGGCUGGUGAACAGCGGGCACACGGCAGACCUCUGGCAGAACUGCACCUCGGGUAGCGCCUUCCAGUGCCUGACGUCGUCCACGAACGAAUGGCUGCAGUCUGUCCAAGCAAUGAUGAUCCUCUCCAUUAUCUUCAGUGUCUUGUCCCUGUUCCUGUUCUUUUGCCAGCUCUUCACCCUCACCAAGGGCGGGCGCUUCUACAUUACCGGAGUCUUCCAGAUCCUUGCGGGGCUGUGCGUGAUGAGCGGCGCUGCCAUCUUCACAGUGAGGCACACGGACUGGCACCAAGCCUCGGAAAACACCUCCUACGGCUUUGCCUACAUCCUGGCGUGGCUGGCCUUCCCCCUGGCCCUCGCCAGCGGCGGCAUCUACAUCAUCCUGCGGAAGCGCGAGUGAGCGGUGGCGCGGGCGGCGUGACGAGGGCACUGCUGGCGGCCACAGAGGGGACAGAGGCGGGGGCAGAGAGACGAGAAAACGGGAAAGAAAAUUAACCAAAACAUAAUAAAAAGGAUAAAAAAGGAGAAAAAACAGCCCUAAAAAAAAAAAGGAAUAAACCCUCCCACCAAACCCAACCCCAACCAGCCCCACACGGAAACACUCACAGGGUUACUUGUUAAUUGAAGAUGUAUAUAGUAUCUAUGGUUUAAAAAACCUAUUUAUAACACUUUUUACAUAUAUGUACAUAGUAUUGUUUGCUUUUGUUGACCAUACGCUGUUUUAAAGCCUAGAGCAAGUGCCUAAGGAACUAUUACUCCUAACAGUGUAACAAUAGCACAGUGUUUUUUCUCUCCUGCAAAAUCCUCUUUGACCUGAACUCUCCUUCCCCGCCCUGCCCAUGGCGAACCGUCAGAACCCCCAGCUCUGGUUUUAGGCUGGUGUAAAUGGGAGUCUUCCCCCUGUUCAUGCCAGCCAGAGGGUUGGUCCCCGCUCCUGCCACAUGCUGUGAUCCCGGUACCCAAAGUGCACAUCCAGAUCUGAUGGGAGACACUUCCGAAAGGUUUGAAGGAUUUCGGACCAUAAGGGCUUUGAUUUGCCCCAAAGUGCCUAAAUGACUGUAAUGUGCCCAAAUCCCGUUGCCUUGCCACCACACCCGCUGGGAAUUUGGGCUUUUGAAUCACUUAGGUUGAAUUGGAGCACAGCCUGGGCCGUCCUCCUCCGCCGGCGGGGCUCUGGGGGUGUCCGUGCCGCAGGUGCCGGGCUGUGCCGUGCCGUGCCGAGCCGAGCCGAGCUGCCGGGGCACUGCUGCUCCCGCCGCGACACGGGCUCUGUCCUUGCCGUGGAGCUCAGCUGCCAGUGAAAGAAGCAAACCCAGUGUAUCUAUGAAAUCAAAUGCCAGAUGUAUGAAAUGGUGCUAUCUAUUUACCAUUCCUUAUAUUGCUAGCCAUUUAACCUUAUUCACUGGAAAUUCAGUAACGAUCCCGAGGUAAACGACGAAGCUAGAGAUGAGAAAUAAUUGUGUGUAAUAUAAAGGAGCUGUAACUGCUUUUGUACUUAGUUUUCGCUCUUACUAUUAUUUUUAAUAAAGCAUUUAUAACCGAGGUUCCUUUUCUCCCCCCUCCCCGUGGCCAAGAGGAGCAGAAAGAGCCCUGGCUGGAGCUGUGCCGGCCCCGCUGCCGGGCGAGGUGUCUGUCCUCUGGCUCUGUGUCUGGCCAUGAAUUGAACGGGCACUUGCACACACCCCAGGCUGCCCUCUGAGGACUCCAGACACAGUGUUGCUGUUGGUUUUGUUCAUUUUGGUUUUUUUUCUUGGUUAUUUUCUUUCUUCUUUCUUUGCUUUGCUUUUCUGAUUUUAUACCGACUGUGUGGACUAAGAAGCAAUGAAAUAAAAGUCAGAAUAACUCA